CCCAUUUGAAUUCUAGGCGACUCUAAAUGGUUUCCCAGACCAACCUUAACCAACUGUCUGAGUCAGUAUGACACUUUUGUCUGGCACCUGCAACAAGUGACUUUGGAUAUGCGCACCCUACCUAUAACGACAACAUACUACAAGUAGCGGUAUCAUGCAAUGUGGAGGCAAGAACAUAAUGUACACGUGCGUGCCUCGUAAAAGCGCUCGGUACGGCAGUGUUCAGUGGGGGUGUGUCCAACUUGAGAUGUCCAGCUGAGCUUACACAACAGCGAUGGAGUGACAACCUGACAGCCCGACGAGUCCUUUUUGAAAAGAGACGCAGAAAUCUCUGGUAAUUCCUCUGCGCAGGAAUCGAAGUGCAAUCACCAUGGCCGUCUCCUUCCUCAGAAUGGGGCGAAGUUGUGGUUUGAAGUCGUUCCAGGUCAACGUGUGUGCCAGUUGGAACAGACUCUUUGUUGCCAGCUACAGCAGUAAAUUGGGAGGCUCACAAUACAAGGACGUCAGGAGAACACACGUCAAAAAGGCCAAGCCGAAGCCCAAGCUGGAUGUAGCCCAGCUGCUCCUCUCUCUGGGGAUGAAGCCUCCUGCGGCCAGACCAGCCACAUCCACAGCCACCAAGCUCGCUGUGAAAGAUGCUUCCAGACUGACCAAACCUAUUGCACCUGCACCGUCAACUGUGAAGACGUCUAGUCCACUGCCUGCUUCAGAUCCUGCAUCUGCUGCCCCCCCACCACCCCUUCCAUUAAGACCAGCGCCAUCAUCAUCAGUGGACUUUAAGGCUGCAGCUGCUGCUACUGCUGCCCAUCUGCCCGUUGGGGUAUCUUCCUCUUCCUCUCCUGCUACCGUGUCUGGAGCAUCAGCAGCGGAGGCGGCGUCUACUAGUACCUCACUGCCGUCACCACAUGAUGGCGCUGCCUCUCCUCAGCCUGAUCAUGACGCCAGCAGCCCUGUUGUUAUGGAGGCUCUCUCUGCGAGUGCUGUAGUAAAGCAAAGUGAACUAACUGAAUCUCAAUCCACUACCGCCUCUCAGGAGACAACAGGUACUCGAGUUGUUGUAGAUGUUGUGGUAGAGGUACCUACCCCAGCAGAACAUCAGCCUGCAUCCCCCUCUCUUGUUGUUGAUGUAGACGCUGGUAGAAUUUCACAGACCACCUCCCCUUUUUCUACCAUGGACAGUGAAUCCCUGUCUGACCCCUCCCCUGUCUCUGCUAUAGACUCCUCCCUCUCCCCUUCAGACUCACUUCCCCCCACUGAUUCCAUUUCUCAAGCUGUCGCUUCAACAAGUGCUGAAGAAACGGAAAGUGUCCUACGGGAAGAUGUGGCAGUCGCUGCCCCCCCAGAGGACAUUGUAUCAGUUACCCAACGGGAAACAGAAGCACCGGAGACUAUGGCCACAGAGACUAUUAUGGAGGUAACAGACACACUAACUAUCGUUCAAGUCAUUCCUCGGGUAUCAUCCAAUGCUGAGGUUGUUUCUGCCACAGAGGUAACCAGCGAGGUCACGUCAUCUACCUCUGCAGAGGAGUUCCCUUUGGACGCCGACACUGUAGUACUCGAGGAUGUUGUCAUACCUGAUCUCUCACUUGAUCUUGAUGUAGUCUCCCUCCUCGAGAUGGAGUCUUUUUUGGCAACCACCGUCUCUCAACUUAAACCGGCGACAGCUGAAGACGGCAGUGCAGAAGCUCCCUCUUCCACUCCUGCUGCGGAUGCUAUAGCACCUUCAGAAGUCAGCGGCGGGCUUGAAAUAGCGCCGUUUUUAGAAGACUCAGAUGUGCCUGAUUUGACUGCCCACUUAGAGGCAGUUUCUCUUCUGGAGGUUGCUUCUUUUCUAGAGACUGUACCUGCAGCAGACGCCACAGACCGCUCAAAGUCUCCUUCCCAGCCCACAAUAUCCUUAGAGGACGUGACCGUGCCUGACCUUACUCCAUCAUUAGAAGCAGUGUCUCUUUUUGAAGUUGAGGAGUUUUUGCAGGACAUCUCUGCAACUUUAGGAGAAACAGAAGGAGGCUCUGAUGUGGUGGCAGCAACAGCAGCUUCACCUCAGACUGAUCUUAGUAGUGACUCUUUGUCACCAACUGCAGCUGCCGAUGAUGCCAUGUCCCUGUUGGAAAUCGCUCCGUCUCUUAAGGACGCAGCAGUCCCAGAUCUCACAGCCCAGCUAGAGGCCGUGUCGCUCCUAGAGGUCGGGCAGUUUCUUGAGUCUGUGCCAGAUACAACAGUAGCAGCAGCAGCAACGGUGUCCACAGUGACCAGUGAUGCUGCAUCAUCAGAAGCAGUAGCAGCAACGGUGACCACAGUGACCAGUGAUGCUGCAUCAUCAGAAGCAGUAGCAGCAACGGUGACCACGGUGACCAGUGAUGCUGCAUCAUCAGAAGCAGUAGCAGCAACGGUGACCACGGUGACCAGUGAUGCUGCAUCAUCAGAAGCCUCCACCACCUCCACCUCGCUGCCUCCUAAAGACAUUGUUCUGCUUGAUUCCGAGCCCCAAUUACAGUCUGUUGUGACACCAGCACCUGAGGCUAUGACUCCAGAAGGUCAAGGGGCAACAGAAUCUUCACCAUUACAGCAGCCCGUGGUGUCUUCAGACAUCCCCACAGACAUGUCCUCGGAGACUGUAGCUACAGACAGUAUCCCUACAGCAUCCAAAGAGCCAGUUGUUUCUAUGACGACAGCCUUGGACACCCCUCCUUUGGAAACAACAGCACAAGAAAUGUCUACAGCCAUCACAGAGCCGGUUGCCUCAACAACACCCUCCACUGACACCGUUUCCAUGGUGACACCCUCAGAUUCGCUUCUGACAGACGUGCUCACCACGCCCCCUUCAGACCAACUAACUGCCACUUCAGACACAGUUACCUUGGAAACACCCAGUGAUGCAAUUCCAUCUACAGAACCCUUAGAUAUGCUGCAUGGGGACACCCCUUCAACAAUAACGCAAUCAGUUUCAGACCCACUGACCUCUGCCACACCCUCAGACGCACUUACCGCAGAAAUGCCCUCCACAGAUCCCCAGGGGUCAGUUGCUUCCGUAACACCCACCGACACAGCCACCUCUGAAAUACCUUCAGGUACAGAUACACUUGUCACGCCGGUCUUAACCUCAGUUACCGCUGCAACACUCAUACACACAAUCGCCUCAGAAAUCUCAGACACAGCUUCCUCUGCUGCACAGCAUGAAGACACCCUUUCUACAGCAUCUGCCGAGCCACUUGCAUCCACAACUACGUCUGACCCAGUGGAAGCUAGUGCGACCAUUCUAGACGAAGAGACUCCUGAAGUUGUUGCGACCACAGAUGACGCAGUAGCACAUCAUGUCCCACAAGUGGCAGCGGAUGAUCUCACAGAUGAACCUGCUGCUGCUGCCGCCACUCAGCAGCAGACACCUGAAGAUGCAGCUGAGAGCCUCAUCCCAGCAGCAGCAGUUGGUUUAACAGAUUCUCCAGUGGAGGAGACCCAGGAUGGCCCUACAGAUGUGUUGGCAGGAGUGACCACAGAGGAAGUUAGCCCGCCGAGCAUAGAGGCUCACCUGGACCCAGUGCAGCGGCUCUUCCUGGAGAAGAUUAGGGAGUACGCGGACCUCAAAAUGGCUGGCGAAGGGCGGUUGGAGGAUGGCUCAGAGUUUCAGCAUCGCCUGGCAGAGGAGGAGGCCAAGCUGCAGAGGCUGUACGGGGGUCAUGACCUCACACAGUUCCCAGAGUUCAACUUCCCUGAGCCCAACCUGGAUGAAGUGCACACUAAAUAAGGAACUAGGCUGUCGGCAAGUCAUGCCUGGAACUACAGGACUACAGUGGAUCAGAGUUUGGGGCCCAUCGUGAAUCGGGGUCGUGUGAGAGUGUGUGAAUUUGCCAAAGCUCCAAAUGUAUGCUGUGUUGACACAUUUUGUCCUAGACAUGUACAACUUUUUCUUUUUUUUAGACUUUAUUAUGGACAGGACAGUAUGAGAGGUAUACAGGAAGUGAAUGGGGAGAGAGACGGGGAGGAGUCGGCAAAGGACCCGGGCCGGAAAUCGAACCUGGGUCAACUCAGUCCGCAUGGGAGGCGAGUGCCCUACCGGAGGGCCACCGCAGGGCCAGACAUGCAAGUUAUAGAAUAUGUGAAUACAAAAGGUGUGCUGAACACCACAGGGUCACAGUCACGAAAUGCACAGCAAGACCAAAUGCAAACAUACAGGGGUUUGUGAAAUGCAAUUUGAUUAAAAUGCACUUUGUUUCCAUUAA